AACGCGUCAUCGGCUUAACGCAAAUUUCACGCCCCUAAAAAUCAGAGAUUCCAAUAUUUCAAUCUCUCUCUCUUCGAUUCUGAUUCCAAUUUCUCACACCAACCGUAGAAAAUUCUCCUUAGAUCUCUUUCUCCUUCCCUAUCCAAAUUCCUCUUAAUUUUUGUUCUCAGCAAUGGGCCACGAAACAAUGGCGACAGCGACCACGAAGACGACGCUCGUCUUCACGUACGGAACUCUGAAGAGAGGAUUCUCCAACCACGUCCUGAUGCAAGAUCUGAUCCGAUCUGGCGACGCCUCUUUCAAAGGAGUUUACCAAACCCUAGAACAAUAUCCGCUCGUCUGCGGACCCUACCGAGUCCCUUUCCUCCUCAACAAGCCUGGAUCGGGUCAUCGUGUCACCGGAGAGCUUUACGCGGUUUCUCCUCGCGGUCUCUCGCGUCUCGACGAGCUCGAAGGGAUCAGUCGCGGCCAUUACGUCCGGCAACAGAUCCGCCUCGACACGACGGAGGAGGAAGAGGGAGGAGAUCUGAAAACAACAGAGCCGUCGUCGUCGUGCGUGGUGGAGGCGUAUUACGCGCACAAGAGCUACGAGGAAGAGCUUUGGGAGAGGAAUCGAGGGAGAUCGUUCGGCGCGUACACGGAAAACGAAGCGCGUGGAUAUGUCAAGCGUAACGAUCGGCCUCAGCAUCUUAGCUUCUUGGACCAUAUCCGUAUUUUCGUUUCUUCUCCAUGUGACUGAUUUUUCAUUUUCCCACACGGGAAAACCAAAACGAACAAUCUAAGAAGGAAAAGCCGCAUAGUUUCACUUUCACCUAUUCUUAGGGUCCCACUGAUCCAUCCUAUCCGUACAACCGUUUUUGCUAUCGAUGAACAUUUUGAUUAGCUUAUGUGAUUGUUGGAUGUAAAACAUAUAUGAUUCCAUCUUUAAAUAAGUCAAAUAAGUUUUAGGCUGCACUUGUUUUACUUUUGUUAUCGUUAGUUCUUUAGAUUCAGGUGAUGCUUUAAAUCUCGUAUCCGAAUCUAAUCUUUGUUUGUUUAUUUAUCAAUAAAACAUAUAUUGUUC